AUGGAUUUUUACAACGGUCGGCAUUUCCUGCAUCAUUACAAAAUACCAGAUCCUCCCGCCAGUACCGAUGUGUACAGUCCCCUGUCAUCUCCCCUUUGGAGUCUACCGUCUCCCUCACAGACACUUGUUUCAUUGCAUCCUAAUCAAACUCCACCACUGAGAAACUUCCUCGGGCAUAAUACAUCUAGGAUAUCCCAAUCCCCACUUUGCGGACCAUGGAUUGCUUCUUCUACACCUGCACAUGAUAACAAUUCCUAUCUCUCUGCAUCACCUGUCACUGAUACAUUUAAGUCCAGUUCAAUCAAAGGAACCUCUGCACCUUCUUCCUCUAGCAUUAAGAAUGUCCCACCUAAUCUGCAAGCUUCUAAUGUAGGUCUACAAAAUGUAUUUCUGCAAACUACUCCUCUGUUUAAUACAAACAAUGUGACGGUAUCAUCUGCCAGGCAUUCUUGUGAUCCAAAGUCCAAAAAAAGGAAAAAGGUUACAACAGAGUCUGAGGAUCUUGGCCACAAGGCUAUUCAUAUGCAGUCCCAUCUAGUAUCAACUCCUGUUGUCAGCAACCAUAUAUCUCCUGCUAACGCCACUGCAACCCCUGUUGUGAAUGUGCCAGUAACUACUGUUGAAAAAUCAGUUGAGUCUGUAUCUCCUCUAUCUCUUCCUGAUCGCCUCAAAACAUGGGAUACAAAAACAGGAAAACAAAUAAAAAAAAAGAUGGUAGAGCAUCUCUCAUAUGUCAAUAGUUGCUGUCCUUCCCGGAGGGGGCCUCCUCUUGUUGUCAGUGGCUCUGAUGACGGAACAGCAAAAUUAUGGGACAUGCGUCAAAGGGGUUCCAUCCAAACAUUCCCUGAUAAAUACCAAAUCACUGCUGUCAGUUUCUCUGAUGCCUCAGAUAAGAUCUACACUGGUGGUAUUGAUAAUGAUGUUAAGAUAUGGGACUUACGUAAAGGUGAGGUUAUCAUGACACUUCAAGGUCAUCAAGAUAUGAUUACGAGCAUGCAAUUGAGCCCAGAUGGUUCCUACCUUCUUACAAAUGGCAUGGAUUGCAAGCUAUGCAUUUGGGAUAUGCGUCCGUAUGCUCCACAAAAUCGAUGUGUGAAGAUUUUAGAAGGCCAUCAACACAACUUUGAGAAGACUUUGUUGAAAUUUGGUUGGUCACCUGAUGGAAGCAAGGUCACAGCUGGGAGUUCUGAUCGAAUGGUUUACAUUUGGGAUGCCACUUCUCGAAGAAUAUUGUAUAAGCUUCCUGGACACAAUGGGUCUGUUAAUGAGUCUGUUUUCCAUCCCAAACUCCUCCAUUUCCUCAUUAACCUGCUACCAUAA